AUGCUCACAAAUAACAAUGCAGGCUACUCUGUCGGCAAUGAGCUUGCAGAUUAUGAUAUCCUUUUAGAAUCUAGGGUUCCAUUUGCUCAUCGAAUGGGACUCAUUUCAAAUAAACUAUAUGAAGAUUUAAGAAUAUCAUGUCUAGGGAAUUAUUGGAACUCCAUCCACCCAGAUUGUCUGAGGAAUAUGGAACCUUUUAAGAAGAAUACUGGUGGGAUAAAUCUUGAACAUGUUCUUUUCCCAUAUUGCCACUUUGAGAUGGGCAUCAACAGAAGUACUCGCAAUGCGGAGGAAAGAGUUCAAAUGUAUUACGGUUGUGACGAGAAUGGGUACGAAGUUGACUUUUUAGAAACAAAUGAUGUAGGAGUUUCGGAAAAUGCAAAUGGAUAUCAUCGCAUUCGGGAAAUCUACUGCUAUUUAGAAGUAGCUGGAAGGUGGAAAAGGUGUUCCGAUAGGCUCAAUUAUCAACAAGAAAAGAUAGGCUUGAUCCAACAUCACUUAAAUCCCACUUUGAAAGGUUACCGGGCCUUUAUUUACAGUGGGGACCAUGACAUGGCCGCACUAUACAUUGGAACCUUGGAAUGGAUAAGAAGGUUGAAUUUUACAGAGUUGGAGAUCUGGCAACCAUGGUUUAUAGGGCAUAAGAUAGCAGGAUACACAGUUCAAUAUGAACAUAAUCUACUAUUUGCUACAUUCAAGGGAAGAGAUGGAACCCCCUCCCAGGAUUACUGGCAACGUCUUGAGACUGAGGAUCACAGAGUGAAGGUUUCCCAGAACAAUGAGAACUCUUUGUGUGUUACAUCUCCAUGGCCAUGA